AUGCCGACGGAGCGCAUUCUUACUCUAUAUGGCAAGAACUACAAGCCACAAGACCAAUCCCCACCCUCCCCACAGAUGGACAGUGGCCUGACAAGGACAGUGCACCUCCGGCCGCAGCCUGAGAGGAAUCGGCCCGAUUGGCCACGCUCCUUCAAACCACCACUUUCCCCCGAAAAAGGGACGAGAGCCUCAGAUCCCCAAACGAGCGCUCCCUCGCCCAGAGACCCCGGCUCGCACACCCCGCCCUGUUCCCCGCGGCGCGGGAGGAGAGGCCGCCCCACACAGGAAGUGUGUCCUGCGCCGGGACCUUGCUCCCAGCCCGCCGGUACCUGCCCUCCGCCCCCAACAGGCGAGAAGCAGCCGCGUCCACAUGGCUUCAGGUGUUCACAUGGCAGUAAACGGGCCCCUGUCCUCCCGGGCGCCCCAGCGCGGAGCCCUCCCGCCCAGAGCCCGGCCCAGCCCCGCUGGCCUCGCCUCCAGCCCGCAGCCAAGAGGCGAGCGCGGCCAGUGCCCCCGGGGCUGCCAGGGGCCCCGAGGCAGGCGGCGCUGACUCCCGGACGCCGCCCGCUCACACUCGCCGCCUUUGCACCCAAGGCCUCGCGCGACGAGCAGGUCACUGAUUCCACUACCAUCUGUCAGCGUGGAUUGAUUGAGGAGACUGGCCCUGCUCGGCAGAUCAGUGACUUGUGCAAAGUGAGCCGGAGUGCCUUCAGAGCAGGCGGAUGUCCUUCCUCACUUGCCAGCUCUGGUGAGCAGACACACAGCCCUCACCUUUAUCCUUCACCAAGCUCCAGCUCUCCUUCCUCUUGGGAGGGGCCGCCUGCUAACUCAAUCACACCAAGAGGGAGGGCUGGAAUUCCUGCUCACAAGCUCAGGGCUUCAUCUGCAGUCUUCCAGGAGGCAACCUACAAAAGCCUCUGGCUAACAGAGCGGGAAACUCCCCACAGCCUCCUGCUGUGCCUGUCCCCAAGCCACGCACUGUCCCCUUGCAAAGCACAAGGAUACUGA